UGCUGCCACGGCCCGGCCCUCCCGAGUUCCGCGCGGCGGGGCCAUGGCGGCCGCGCAGCCCAAGCCCACCGCGGGGACGGCCCGGCGCCUGGCCCGGGGCUGCUGGUCCGCGUUCUGGGACUACGAGACGCCCAAGGUGAUCGUGGUGAAGAACCGGCGCCUCGGCGUCGUGUACCGCGCCGUGCAACUGCUCAUCCUGCUCUACUUCGUGUGGUACGUGUUCAUCGUGCAGAAGGGCUACCAGGACAGCGAGACGGGCCCCGAAAGCUCCGUCAUCACCAAGGUGAAGGGCAUCACCUCGUCCGAGCACAAAGUGUGGGACGUGGAGGAGUACGUGAAGCCCCCCGAGGGGGGCAGCGUGUUCAGCAUCAUCACCAGGAUCGAGGUCACCCGCUUGCAGACGCUCGGAACCUGCCCGGAGAGUAUGAGAGUCAACAACGCCACCUGCGACUCGGACGAAGACUGCGUGGCUGGACAGCUGGACAUGCUAGGAAAUGUGUCCGCUGCAGGCGUGCGGACUGGGCGCUGCGUCCCCUACUACCACGGGGCCUCCCAGACCUGUGAGGUGUCCGCCUGGUGCCCGGUGGAAGACGGGGCCUCUGUCAGCCAAUUCCUCGGUAAGAUGGCCCCAAAUUUCACCAUCCUCAUCAAGAACAGCAUCCACUACCCCAAAUUCCAGUUCUCUAAGGGCAACAUUGAGAACCGGAAGGAUGGCUACCUGAAACGCUGCACAUUCCAUGAGGUCUCGGAUCUCUACUGCCCCAUUUUCAAGCUGGGCUUCAUAGUGGAGCAGGCAGGGGAAAACUUCACGGAGCUGGCACACACGGGUGGCGUCAUUGGGGUCAUUAUCAACUGGGACUGUGACCUGGACCUUUCACCACUGAAGUGCAACCCCAAGUACUCCUUUCGGAGGCUCGACCCCAAGCAUAUCCCAGCCUCAUCUGGCUACAACUUCAGGUUUGCCAAGUAUUACAAGGUAAAUGGCAGCACUGCCCGCACACUCAUCAAAGCCUAUGGGAUCCGCAUCGACGUCAUUGUGCACGGACAGGCAGGGAAGUUCAGCCUGAUUCCCACCAUCAUUAAUCUGGCCACAGCGCUGACCUCCAUCGGGGUGGGCUCUUUCCUGUGCGACUGGAUCUUGCUAACAUUCAUGAACAAAAACAAGAUCUACAGCCAUAAGAAAUUCGACAAGGUGUGUACACCAAGGCACUCCUCAGGUAGCUGGCCGGUGACCUUGGCCUUUGUUUUGGGCCAGGCCCCUCCUCCACCCUGUCCUGGCUCUGCAGAACCAGGCUGGGCGGGCAGACCGCAGGACAAGGGGCCAAGCCAGGCCCUGGCCGCCCUGCCCCCACAGCCUCGCCCCACAUUUACCCCCUCCGAGCAGAUGGUGGAUGCUCCCGAGCAGAGUGCAGGACCAGAGCUUUGUGCCUCCAAGCAUUCCCAACAGGACCCUGCACUCAUGGACCCUCGAGGUUUGGCCCAGCUCUGAGCCGGACCUCCACCUUCCAUCAUGCUGCACUGAACACCUGGGCCUGGCAGGCUCCUGAAGUCUGCAGCUCCAAGACACAGCCCCCAGCUCAGACUCACACAGCAGACCUGGGGCCCUGCCUAUGCACCCCAUGUCUCCACGAAACUGGGAACCAAGGAUGCCCAUGCAACCAGGCAGUGGGCUAACAGGAAGGGGGCAGUCAGGGGGCCCCCAACAUUCCCAGCCUGUAGAGAGGGGCAAGUUCCUGCCUCCUCCUCCUGGCUGACCUUCCCGCAGGCUCUUGGCCCUUCCCCAUCCACUCAGCCUGGGAACACUGGGAAGGGGCCCACCCACCCCUGCUCAGACCCUUUGCUAAAAAAUCACGUCCAGAACCAAA